CAGCUGCUGUGGUGGAGCAGCUGCUGUGGAGUAGGAGGGCAGUCUCUCCUUCUCUUCGUCUCACAGAGCUGCGACAAGCUGCCUGUAUAAGGAAUCUAACAAGCUCUCCUUCAGAUCACUCCCUGCGCCAGCCCUGCCUGCCACCUCACAAAAAAGUUUUUCUUGUAUUGGAGUCUACAUUCUGAAGCAUCAUGUCCUUCACGGGAGGCCGUUAUCGAGGAUCAGUAAAAGACUACCCAGACUUUGAUGCCAAUCAGGAUGCAGAAAUGCUUUACAAGGCAAUGAAAGGAUUUGGCAGUGAUAAAGAAGCCAUCUUGGAUCUUAUUACAUCCCGUAGCAACCACCAACGCAUCCAGAUUAUUCAGGCAUACAAAUCCCUGUAUGGAAAGGAUCUUAUUGAUGACCUUAAAUAUGAACUCACAGGCAAGUUUGAGAGGCUGAUUGUUGGACUGAUGCGCCCCCCUGCUUAUUUUGAUGCCAAGGAAAUCAAGGAUUCCCUGGCCGGUGUUGGCACUGAUGAGAAAUGUCUCAUUGAGAUCCUGGCAUCUCGGAGCAACCAACAGAUUCAUGCCCUGGUCGAAGCCUACAAAGAUGCAUAUGGCAGAGAUUUGGAGGCAGAUGUCAUCCAAGACACGAGUGGUCAUUUUAAGAAAAUGUUGAUUGUCCUGCUGCAGGGCACACGUGAAGAAGAUGAUGUGGUGAGUGAGGAUCUGGUAGAGGAAGACGCUCAGCACUUAUUUGAAGCUGGAGAACAGAAAUGGGGAACAGAUGAGGCUCAGUUCAUCUUUAUCUUGGGAAGCAGAAGCAAGCAACAUCUCCAUCUAGUAUUUGAUAAGUACCAGGAGAUAUCAGGAAAAACUAUAGAGGAAAGCAUAAAAGGGGAACUUUCGGGUGAUUUUCAAGAUCUGAUGCUGGCUGUGGUCAAAUGUAUUCGAAGCAUCAGGGAAUAUUUUGCGACUAGACUGUACAAAUCGAUGAAGGGAUUGGGUACUUCUGACAACACUCUUAUCCGGAUCAUGGUUUCAAGGAGUGAGAUUGACAUGCUGAACAUUAGGGAGUCUUUCCGGUCUAAGUAUCAGAAAUCUCUUUACUCCAUGAUCAAGAAUGAUACAUCAGGUGAAUAUAAGAAGGCCCUUCUGAAGCUCUGCGGGGGAGAUGAUGACGCCCCUGGAGAGUUUUUUCCAGAAGCAGCUCAGGCGGCCUAUCAGAACUGGGAGCUUAGCGCUGCCACUGCGAGACGUUUGGAGCUGAAAGGAACAGUGCAGCCUGCUGAGAACUUCCAUGCAGACAACGAUGGCAAAGCCCUGCGGAAGGCAAUGAAAGGAUUUGGUACCGAUGAAGAUACCAUCAUUGAUAUCGUUACUAAACGCAGUAAUGCUCAGCGCCAAGAAAUCCUCAAGGCAUUCAAGUCCCACUUUGGCAGGGAUCUGAUGGCAGACCUGAAGUCGGAACUGUCUGGCACCUUAGCCAAAGUGAUCCUUGGUCUCAUGAUGACACCUGCCCAGUUUGAUGCCAAACAACUGAACAAGGCCAUUGCGGGGGCUGGCACGGAUGAAAAAGUCUUAAUUGAAAUCUUGGCCACUAGAACCAAUGAGGAGAUCCAGGCCAUCAAUGCAGUUUAUCAAGCAGCCUAUCGCAAGUCUUUGGAAGAUGCUAUUAGCUCAGACACAUCUGGACAUUUCAAGAGGAUAUUGGUAUCUUUGGCACUGGGUAACCGGGACGAGGCUGGUGAGGACCUGGAUAAAGCAGUGGAGGAUGCAAAAGUCCUUGCUUCAGUUCUGGAGAUCUCAGACUCUGGAUCUGGUGAUUCAAGCUCACUCGAGACGAAGUUCAUGACCAUCCUGUGCACUCGGAGCUACCCACAUUUGCGAAUAGUUUUCCAGGAGUUUAUCAAACAGACAAAUCAUGAUGUGGAACAUAUCAUUAAGAAAGCGAUGUCUGGAGACGUAAAGGAUGUAUUUGUGGCCAUUGUACGUAGUGUGAAGAACAAACCAGCCUUCUUCGCAGAGAGACUCUACAAAGGAAUGAAGGGGGCAGGAACAGAUGAGAGAACCCUCACAAGGAUUCUGGUAUCCAGGAGUGAAAUUGACCUUCUGAAUAUCCGGCAUGAGUUUAAAACUCUGUAUGAGAAAUCACUACACCACUGUAUUGAGGGUGAAACAUCUGGCGAUUACCGUAAAACCCUGCUGUCCCUUUGUGGCGGCGACGACGACUAAACCAAAGAAACCCACUGCAUCUGAUUCCUGUUUGUGGCCCUCUGGGGCCCAUGCACCAAAUGUCUUUGUGUUAGCUAACUGAAGAAUGCUAUGCUCAAAGUGACAAGGAGAGCAUACCAAUGAAAUUCACAGAAUGGGACUGGGUGGGAGGGAAGGGAGAGGCUGUGUUUAAAGGAUUAUCACUUUCAUUGGGGUCAAAGAGAAGAGCUGUUACUACUGUUUUCCUUAAACCAAAGAAUUUCCCAGAUAUCCUAAACACAUGGGUAUGUAACCUAAGAGAAGUAAAGUUUCUUAAAGAACA